AGGAGCCAGACAUACAUUAUAGUAUAGUGGUAUAGUACUAUAUCAUAUGAUUGAGAAAAUGGAGAGGGAAGAAGCAAAGCAAGUAUCAGAUGAAGAAGCUUUGUUUUUUGCCAUGGAACUAUCAGGUGCUUCUGCUGCUCCAAUGGUUCUAAAAUCAGCUUUAGAACUUGGCAUCAUUGAAAUUAUAGCCAAAGCUGGUCCAAAUGCUCAUCUUUCAUCUUCAAACAUUGCUUCUCAAAUCCCUUCUAUAAAAAAUCCAGAUGCACCUUCUAUGUUGGACCGAUUAUUGCGUCUAUUGGCUAGCUACAAAAUUCUUACUUGCUCCAUUCAACAUCAAGAUGGAGAUUCUAUUGAAAGGCUUUAUGGUCUUCACCCUCUUGCUAAGUAUUUUGUCAAUAAUCAAGAUGGUGUCUCCAUGAUUUCUUCAUUUCUCAUGCAACAUGACAAAGUCCUCAAAGACAUGUGGUACCACUUAACAGAUUCAAUUCAGGAGGGUGGCCUUCCAUUUUACAAUGCUUAUGGAAUGACAUCCUUUGAAUUCCAUAGCACAGAUCAAAGGUCCAAUAAGAUUUUCAACAAGGGCAUGUCUGAUUACUCUAGUAUCAUAAUGAACAAAGUUCUUGAAACAUAUUCAGGUUUUGAGGGUCUUGGAUCUAUUGUUGAUGUUGGUGGUGGAAUUGGAACUGUUACUAACAUGAUUGUCUCUAAGUAUCCCAACAUUAAAGCCAUUAAUUUUGACUUGCCCCAUGUCAUUAAUGAAGCUCCAUCUUAUCCAGUGUCUGGUGUAGGUGUGGAACAUGUUGGUGGAGACAUGUUUGUGAGUGUUCCAAAAGCUGAUGCCAUUUUCAUGAAGUGGAUAUGUCAUGAUUGGAAUGAUGAGCAAUGCUUGAAAUUUUUGAAGAAUUGCUAUGAUUCUCUUCCUGCCACAGGGAAGGUGAUUGCAGUGGAAUGCAUUAUUCCAAUAAUUCCUGACUCAAACUUGGCCUCAAAAUCUGUUUUUCAAAUGGAUGCUAUCAUAUUGUGUCAUAGCUCAGGUGGAAAAGAAAGAACAGAAAAAGAGUUUGAGGCUUUAGCUAAAGGAGCUGGAUUUGAAGGAUUUCAAAUUGCAUGUUGUGCUUUCAACAUGUAUGUCAUGGAAUUUCUUAAGAAUGCUUAACUUGAUAUCUUUUUGUGUCAAUUGUAUCUUUGGAUUAAUGAAAUAAGUUGUUUGUAUUUUCUGUUAUAAAAUAAAAGUUGCUGGUAUUUGUUAAAGAUCGGUGUUGUCGGUCGUUACCUAAUAGGAUGAUGUUGUCCAUUUAUGAUGAGAAAUAUCAACCAAUAGUGUUGGUUACACAUAGUCUUAUGUAUGAUUAGAAGCAGUGUUGGAUUGAUUCUGGUAUAUGGUAUAAACAUUGUUGUGCUGUUCUUGUUUCAA